AUGCAUCCGUCACAGGUCUGAAGGAUCCUACCGCGUCGUCUUCUCUUUUUUUCUUUCUUUUUUUUUUCUCUCUUUUCCCAUGGUUGCUCGCCUGUUCCACUUCCUACGACAUAUCCUACCUCGACUCAAAUUCGUUGCCAUCGACUCAAGCAAUCUGCGUUCGUGCUUACCUGCCGUCGUGUCUCCUCGUGGGGUGCGGCAUUGGUGUAGCCCGGGGAGAGACGGAGUAUUUGUUUACUUUUAUACGACCCAUAACGAAACCGCCCGGCGUGGACCGAAACAUAUCAAGAAUACGCCCUUUCCUCUGCCGGUAACCUGGCCGUAACAUCAUCUCAACAUGGCCACUUCCACGAGGUACGCGCAGUCUACGGAGCAGUAUGACGACGAGGGAGAGCUGUCGUACCCGCCCUUAUCUGCCGCCACGUACCAGCGACCAGAAUCUCGGCCAAGGGUAGAGGAGGUCAAGGCACAACCAAAACAAAUUGAACACCCAAUACCAUCCAUGCAACAGGCUUUCUCCGAGUCGUAUCUCGAGGCUACUUUGGAGGGGGCUUUGGAGAAGCCAAAGCUACGGACCAAGGAUGCCAAGGGCCGCAGGGAGGAGUUGCUCGACCAGGACAAAUCGGACGGAGCCCCGAACGCCAUGUGGCGCUUCCGCCCCGGGCAGACGUGCCACGAGCUGCGAAAGCUGAUGGCGCAGGUCUCUUUUGGUGUUUAUCUACUCCUCAACGGCCUCGCAAACAGCAACGCGCAGGUUGUGUCCAUUCUACAGGGCCACAUUGACGAGAUCGACGAGUUUCUUGAGAUGACAAUGGAAGAUAUUGAGCUGGCAAACAAGGACAUAACGGAACGAAUCGACUAUCUCAAGCUGCCUAUGGAUAACAUGACAGUCUUUGCCACGAUGCUAGAGGACCGCGCCUUCCGGCUCCAGAUCGUCGAGGGCAAUGCCAAGAUAGAACACAUCCUCUCCCGCACGACGACAGCCCUAGUUCAGUCAGCACAGGAUCUCAGCGAGGGCUUAAAGUCGAGCAGGGAGUUUUCAGAGUACUUGGAGUCGCAGGAAGGUGGGUCCUGGCAGCUUGGACGGAGUGCGGAUGUGGUUGACAUCUUCAAUGCAAUGCGGGGCAACACGGAAGGCUGGGUGAAGACCUUUGUGGAUUUGCAGUCCAAGACCAGCGAGCUCAACGCUCUGAUCGUGAAGCUCGAGAACAUGGUUUCUUUGAUAGAACGGACGGCAGGGAAGGUCAGCAGACGCACAAGAUUCAGUGUGCAGCCCUUCACAGCACCGGAUCCCAGUCGACCACUAUCACCCGAUUCUAUUGGCACGAUUACUCCGCAAGCGUCGCCCCCACGAAGCAGGGUUGCCGCGGCAGCUCCCCGACUCACACUGAGGUUCAGUCGAAUGCCAGAGGAACGACCUUCAGGUCCGACAUAUUUUGACCUUCCCGUGAGGAACAGCCUUUUUGGGGCCACGACGGCACCUCCAGCACCUGAGAUCCCAGUGCGGGCCUCGCGGGGCCAGUCGUUGAAGCCAUCUCCCCAUGGCCCGGACAGGUCAAGCUAUCAGUCUGACUCGGAAUCAGACUUUGACCUUGACGAAAUGGCAGCCCAGUUUGGAAACUCGCGGCUUUCACAUUCCGGUUCGGCAAGGCCGAGGCCAGAUUCUCAGAUUCAACCACAUAUCGUUGAGGUUGAUGAUGAGGAUGAAGAUAAUGAUUCCGAGUCACCACCUCCGGUCCUUUUGCUACAGCCUAGGACUUACACUCCCGUCCCUCCUGCACCCAUGCCCUCACCGCGCGUCAUGGAAGAACGAAAGAGCGGGUAUAUGUCUGCAGAUAAACCUGCGAAUAAAAGGAUUUCAGUCACCAAGUCUCUGGGAGACCUAAGGGCGGCAAGUUCUGGAGUCAAGUCGCCCCCAGCUGCUAUCAGGGCCGAACCGAGACUCAUACAAAUAUCACCACCACGAAUAACACUUGAGGCUCUGCGCUCGCCUCGAAUGCCGCCUCCGUCGCUAGAAAGAGAGGAUGAAGGUUCUGGAAGCCCUCGAAAAGCCCAGCCCAACAACAAGAGAACAUCGCUGAGGGAUCGAGUAUCACUCAAGACCACCCCACCAGAGUCGAUACACGUGCCACCGCAUAAUGCACGGGAGCUGCAACAGCCCGUUUUUGCAUCGGCGCAUGAAUUCGAGAAUUAUCAGACGUUCGUUGCCCCAAGCUUGAACCAUGGUGCAGAUCGAGCCAGUAGCCGGAUCGAGAGCAGGCCCAGCAACCCGACCAUCGUGACAGACUUCUCGCCGCCUGUGUUUCCGGGCGUCAUACCUUCACCACAUUCGGACCAGCAGUACUUCCGACCAGUGCAGGCAAGUCCGCACUCGCCUCUUCAGCAACGGCCACACACGGCCGGCGGCCUCAACCCGCAAUACCUUCACCACCAGCGCAACGCACCCUCUGCCAUGGGUAUGAGCAUGUUGAGCAGUGUCUCGACGCUGAAUCAGGAUUCCGCGAGCUCGCGGCGGCUGAAGAAGAAGAGGAGCGCGUUCGGUUGGCUCAAGAAGGCCUUCUCCCUGGAUGAGGAGGAGAGGUUGGCUUAUGAGGCCAAGAAGGCGCAGCAGACGCCGAACCCCUACUACGAUGCGCGCAGCCCCAAGUUUUUGGAUGGUAAGCGCAUUAGGUGAUGGCGGGAUUGUGAAGCCGGAGCUGCUUAUAUAGCGGCCCGACCAACAAUAGCGGCAAAGCCUGUGCGCAUUCCACACAAGACAAACACAGAAAGAAAAGAAGAAAACGGAAACAAGACAAACAACAAAAUAAACAGAUUUACUUGAGAUAUACACAGACAUACCCAUGCCCUCCGCGGCAAAACAUGAAGACAUCACGACUCAGCCUCAUACAUCAGCAAUGCGUUUAGUUCUCGGUCACUGUUUGGACGGAACACGCUGGCCGACUGCAUUGAUACCCUCUAAAAGCAUAGCACUAUAUAUACACACAUUAUCCUGGCGUUCUCAUAUCUUUAUCAAGAUUUAGUCCUGUAUACGAGCUAGGACGGUAACUCACAAUAAUUAAACAAUAUCCGGGUGGCAUUUAUUGGAUUUUGAUUUUUCAAGGGACAAGCGAGGGUUUUCUUUUUUUUCUUUUUCUUUUUUUUGCGUUAAUCUGGGUUGGUUAAAGACAACUCCUGCUUUUGCUAGCAGAUCGCCUCGGG